CCUUCAACCUCUGGACUCCCCUCUCCUGUUACAACCUCAGGAUUAAUAAAGUCAAUUUUGCAUUCUCGCCGCCACCGUCACAGCCAUCAUGUAGGCACCUUAUAUCCCAGCCAAGGGCAAACAGUUUUGCCGACCUCACCAACCAUCGAAGAGGCUGAGGGCUUUUUGGACAUGACUGCCAAUAUUGCAAUUGGUGACAGCUGCGGCGAAUGUAAUGGUAGCCAUGGCAAGAUAGGUGGUAGUAAUGUGGGCGGAAUUUCAUGUAUGUUGCCAGAGGAUGCGCUCCCAUCUGCUGGUUACCGCUCUCCCCCAUCGCGGUCCCACUCGCCCCCUCCUCUCAAGCCGUUGCAUAUGGGCUACUCCCAGGCCAGUGGCAUACCAUCUGAUUGGAUC